GACAUGAAAGGGACAGUAGUUAUCUACUCCCCAUACAUCAACAAGUCAAAGACAGUUCAAGAAGGACGUCGAAUCUCUCUCAAGGAUGCGUGCGAAGAUCCCACAGCAUGGGAAAUCCUCGAAGUUUGCAAGCGAUUGUUUCCCGAAGAUUGUGUACAGGGUGAGAACAAAGGAUAUCCAAGGGACUAUGAGGCACAAUGGCCUCCCAUGAGAGGAAGGAUUCGAGUUCGUCUAUUCAAAGACGGCAAACCCACAAAUCCAGAGAUAACGACCCGCAAGCAACUUUACAAGAAGGUUGCAGAGCUUAUCCCCAAG